AGUGACGUAACGCAGUGCAUUCUUUUUUUUUUCCCCAAAGCCCCAAUCCUGAAUUCAUCAACAUUAACACAGUGCAUUCUUUCUCACAGUUGUGUGGCUUUGUGGGUUGGCUGGGCUUAGCCGGGCAGUUCUUAUACCCAGUGGCACAGCUGAGGUCCUUCAUGCAGCUGGGAGCUCCCUGGCAAGUUCCACUGUGGCUGGAAUGUCCAGGAUGGCCUCUCCUCCUCCAGGUUCUCUCUCCGGAGGCGUCUCACUAUCCCGCAGCCUAGCCCAAGCUGCUUUGCAGCACGGUGGGUGGUUUCCAAGAGGGAGUGUUCAAGCCCCAGUACGCAAGUGUUGCUCAAGCCUCUGCUUGCAUCAUACUUGGCUGGUGUCCUGUUGGUCAAAGCAAGUCACCCAGUCGAGCCCAGAGACGGUAUGGGAGGGGGCUACCCAAGAGCGUGUAUUCCAGCAGCCAGCAGUGUUGAUGUCGACCACAAGUUUGGCGGUGAAUGUCCUGCAGACCCCCUUCCGUGUGAAGAGCUGUGUGAUGGGGACGCAUCCUGUCCUCAGGGACAUAAGUGCUGCAGCACUGGCUGUGGCCAUGCCUGCCAUGGAGACAUUAAGGGAGGGCGGGGUGGCGACUGUCCAAACAUUUUGGCGGGCCUGUGCAUUGUCAGCUGCAUGGUGGAUGAGAACUGCCCAGCUGGGGAAAAGUGCUGCAAGUCAGGCUGUGGCCGUUUCUGUGUCCCGCCAAUCCUGCCACCCCAGCUGGCCCUGAACCCCAACCGGACCAUCAGGUCUAAUUUUGAAUUAGAGAGCCCGGUGCCCUAGCUGUCCUGAUGUGUCCUGAGUUUCUUUGGUGACUCCAGGGGGCUUGUCCUGGUAGCCAGGAGAGGAUGAUGUCCUGGGGCUUGUGACACCCCCAGGGACUUUCAUUGCCCUCUCUGCUCUGUUUCUGUUCUUGCUGCUGCCCUGAGCGUAGGAAACCCAGCCCUGGGCUUGGAAAGUGGGUGUGUGGUGCUUCUUUUCCCCAAUAAAGGCCGAUGCUGA